AUGGGGCGGCGGCCUCAGGGCUCCGCGACUUCCCGGGAUCCCGGCGCGCGCGCCGACAGUUCGCACGCGGGUCCGGGCCCGCCGCCCCGCUCACUCUCGCACGCACCCCUCGGUCCCGCCCCCGCCCCGCGAUCGCGCGGGGGUGUCGGGCCCGCGCGCUUGAACCCGGCUCCUCCGAAGCUCCCUCCGGGCCCCGCGCCCCCCGGGCCCCCCGCGCCCCCGGGCCCUGCCCCUCCCCCGCCCCACCCACGGCUGCCGAUCGGGCUCCGCGGCUCGGGAACAACGGCCCGCCCGCCGCAGGCUCUGCGCUCUGCCCGGCCGGCGGGCGGCACCGGACCCACACGGGGGUCCCGCGCGGCGGCGCAGCGAGGACGGCGCACCCAGCUGGGGGCGGCGCGGGGCCUCUGGCGGCCCUCGAAGCCCGGCGUCCAGGCCGCGCUCUCCUGGCAGCCCCGCACCUCUCCGGCCGGCCGGACGGCGCGCCCGGCUGCGCAGCCUGCGGCCCCAGGUGAGUACGCGGUGCACGGGCGCCCGCGCUGGGCCAGGCCAGGCCGGGUCGGGCCUUGGCCUCGGGCUGCACUAGCAUCUCGGGCUGUGGGUCCGGGGCAGGUGGAGGAUCACAGGCUGCCGGGCGUUGCUGCCCUGCGUGCUCACACCCGAUAUGCGGCAGAGGGGCCGGGCAGGGCACGGGCAAGGUGGCCCCAGCCGGUGGACCUGGUGGGGUGA